UUUUAAAACUAUUUGGAUAAUAAAUAGUGUGUAUACCUUUUUGGCGGUAUUAUUUUUUGAAAAGGCGUCUGGGAUUUUCGCUACAAGAAGAUCUACAGAAUAAAAAAAAUAUUUUUUUAAACACUACUCCGUUGGCCUAACGGAGACCAGUUUGUCUAAAAGAUCAUAAACAUUUAUAUUUUGCAAAAUUUCUUCCAAUGGCGAAAAAAACAGAAUACUUUUCUACAUAUAUUUAGAUAAUCUUAGAUGUUUCAUAACUAUGUAUAUUUUAACGCUGAACUAGCAAUAGACUAAGAAAAAAAUAUUAUAUUGGCAUUAUUAGGGAAAUUAUUUUUACUACCUAAUAACGAUACCAUGAUUUUUAUCUGGAUGCCCGAAUCGCCUUAUUACUACGUGAUGAAGGGCCAGGACGAGAAAGCAAGUGCCUCUCUAAAGUGGCUUUUAAGAAAGGAGAACUUCGAACCCGACUUCCUGCAGCUAAAAGCCGACGUUAACCGACAGAUAUCCGAAAAGGGCACUGGGUCCGAUUUGUUUACCAUUAAAAGUAACCGGAGGGCUUUAGCGGCGUGUAUAUUACGUAUAUUGUACGUGCAAUAUAUUUUCGAAAAAUCCGGAAGCUUAACCGUCAAUCCUCACGUGUCAGCUAUGUAUUUUUCCGGACUGUUGUGUAUAGUUAUGACCGGGUUGGUUUUCACCGAGGACCGGAUAGGUAGGCGAAAAUCUAUGGUUAUAUCGUGUAUGGGUCCGCUAUUCUACUUUAAACCGAACCCAUUUAUUUUAAUCUGCAGGACACUGUGCCUGAUAUGGUUGGGACUACUUUCGUCUUUGAUAGCGGGUGAACUUUAUUCUCUCAGUAUUAAAGGUAAGGCCAUUUCGGGGACGAAUGUCGCGAUAGGUUUUAUCGCCUUCGUCGGUAUAGAAAGCAGUAAAAAAACUAUUUUUUUGGCCGGACUAAUAACCUAUGUGUUUUUUUAUUCCGUAGGGUUGGGAUUACUUCCGUCCCUGAUGGCGGGUGAACUUUAUUCUGUCAGUAUUAAAGGUAAAGCUCUUUCGGUGACGAAUGUCGCGAUGGGUUUUAUCGUCUUCGUCGGCACAUUCACGUUUAAAAGUCUGAACAGUGUGACCGGGUUAUACGCUCCAUUCUUAGUUUUUGCUUGUUGUACGUUCUGUUCGUUCGUAUUGUCGUUUUUUAUUAUUCCGGAAACAAAAGGCAAGACUCUCGAGGAAAUCCAGCAAAUGCUCAAGGGAAACAGUAUAAAAAUGUAGGGGCGGACUAAGUGCAUAUAGGUACGCUAUAAAGAAAUGUGAUUUAGAGACAUAAUGCUUUAUUUAGAAAUUAUUGAGCGGAUUGUGUUUGUUGUUUUUCGAAUUUGUCGUGAAUGAAUGAUUGCGUAUCACACUUAUCACCUACUAUUUUCAAAAUUGAGAUUUGCAGAAAGAUAAGAUGAUUGCAGCUUUUACAACUUCGUUAAUUCUUAAAAUCUAUAUAAGUUUUAAACUAUUUGGAUAAUAAAUAGUGUUUAUACGUUUUUGGCGGUAUUAUUUCUUGAAAAGGCGUCUGGGAUUUUCGCUACAAGAAGAUCUUCAGAAUAAAAAAAAUAUAUUUUUAAACACUACUCCGUUGGCCCAACGGAGACCAAUUUGUCUAAAAGAUCAUAAACAUUUAUAUUUUGCAGAAUUCCUUCCAAUGGCGAAAAAAACAGAAAUCCAGAGAUCAUCCUUAGAUGUUCCAUAACUAUGUAUAUUUUAACGCUGAACUAGCAAUAGACUAAGAAAAAAAUAUUAUAUUGGCAUUAUUAGGGAAAUUAUUUUUACUACCUAAUAACGAUA